AUGUCGCCAUCCAACAAGCCACUCCGCCAGCUGGCCGCCGAGAAGCUGCACGGCAAGGGCGCGAACCCGAGCCAGCUGGGCGACCCCAUCAGCAUGAAAGCCGAGACGAGCGACUUAACGUCGCUGGCGGAGACGGGCGGCGCCGGUGACGACGCGGGGUUCCCGGAGACGGUGCGGACGCCGCCGUCGUCGUCGGGCGGGUCGCACGAAGAGAAGAAGCUUCGCGGGGGCCACCACGUGCGCGGCAUGAUGACGGAGGAGAUCCGCGAGGGCCGGGCCCUGCCGCCGAGCAAGAGCCUCGAGGGCGACGCGACGAGCCUCAAGGCCGAGAAGACCGCCGGCGCGGACCCCGCCGACCACGACAAUGGGCCUAGGGCUAGCCGGGGGAGCGGAGGCAAGGCUAGGGGUUCCAAGAUCUGA